AGUCCUCAGUCCGAGCGACCCACGGCGGCUCGACCUGCCGCUGCCGCUGCCGGUGCCCCACCUCUUCUCCUCUUCCACGGCGACCAGCCCAACCCCUCCUCCUUUCACGGGCCGCCGUUCCGGCCACCGGUUGGUUUCUGAGUUCAGAAUGGGGAUCAUGCUCAACUUCACAGUGCCCGAUCAAUUCCAUCCAACGCAACUCCACCGAGGCAGCGGCAGAAUAGUAGGCCAUCAGCUCGAAGCGUUGAGCAUUCUGGCUUUCAGAGCUUUAUCCGAGCACAUUCAACAGAAUGAAGUGUUCCGUCAAACGCCUAUAGCCAACAGCCAGUUUCAACUGCUGAGCAUUCUGCUUUGCGGACUAAUCCAUGCCAAGGGAAUAACUGGGGAAGUUCGAUGUAAACUGUGCUGCAUUCUCAUCUGUGGAGUUAUAUCUGACUACAUCCAUCACGGACCAAUUGAUGCAAAGGAAUCGGCGAUUGAUCUGUUUGGAGACCUUCCAGAGGACGUGCUAUGCACAAUUUUUUCAAAGUUGCCUCUGGAAGAGGCUGUAAGAACCAGUGCCGUAUCAAGGAAAUGGAGAUACUUGUGGAUGCUUUGUUCUAAAUUGAGUUUCGAUGGAAAUACAGUAUGUGGCAAAAACAAUUAUGAGAAAAGAGUGUAUACUCUAAUGUUCACUCGCAUUGUUAAUAGGGUCUUGGAACAGUACCGUGGCAAGUUGGUGGAAGAGCUUGCAAUCAAAAUUGAGUUCAACUGGAUGUUGGUUGAACAUCUUGAUAACUGGGUUCGUUUUGUUGUAUCAUCGCAGACAAAGGCACUAGUUUUUGAUUUAGCACCAGAACAGCGUCAACCUCCAGGUCGUGAUGAUCGGUACAAAUUUCCAUUUGAGCUUUUAGACGACGACAGUAUAUGCCGUCUACAGAAACUUCAUCUUAGCUUUGUAGAUUUCCAGCCACCAAUUCAUUUUAGUGGUUUCCCUAACCUAAGGAAGCUUGAUCUGAACUUAGUGAAUGUCAGUGGGAAGGAUAUUCAACAUAUGUUGUCAAACUGCUGUAACCUAGAGUGGCUGAGUAUUGUUAGAUGCCAUCUCAAUGGGGAACUAAAGGUUAACGGCCCUCUGCCUCACCUGCUAUACUUGAAAAUUGCUUCCUGCAAUAUAACAAAUAUAGAAUUCCUUGCCGAGAACCUUGCAACCUUCGAAUACAGAGGAGAAGCGGUGCCUAUUGACCUCAGUAAUUCAUUGGAACUGAAAUGUGCAAACAUAUGGUAUUAUAGAGACACGCUCGAGCACACUAUUACUGUUCUUGCUAAUGUGCUUAUAAAUGUGCAACAUCUGACCCUCGAUACAGCCUGUGAACCUCCAAAGAUUCCCUGUUUGAUGCAUUACCGAUGCAAGUUUUCUCAGAUGACGUAUUUACAAUUGAGGUUGGUUUAUAUCGAAGAAUUCAAUAUAUUAUCUUUGGUCUCUUUUGUGAGGUCUGCUCCUUUCAUCCGGAAGUUAGAGCUGCACUUUCGUUUCCCUAGUUAUGUGCAUUCGAUACAAGAAUCUGAUGAACCUAUCAGGAAGCUACCGGAGCGUCUGUUCAACAACUUAAAGAGUUUGUAUGUUACAGGAUUUAAAGCAUGCAUCGGUCAAGUUGAGUUCCUUUCACACAUGGUGGAAAAUUCCCCUGCACUGGAGAUUUUAAGUAUAGAUCAUUCAGACAAAUAUCCCCUAGAAGGCCAUGAAAGAGACACGAAAACGGUUGUUGACGUAGUCCAUAGAACUGCUAGAAGGUAUCUCGAAGGGAAGAUUUCGUCCAAGUGCACCCUAAUAUUACUUUAAGGGAUUUGUUGGUAUAGGGAUGUACAUUGUAUCUCUAUCUAGGGAUUGAAAAUCCGAUGCGGUGGCAUCUUUAAACAUGUCUGCAUUGGUCACUACUAUGUGCAUUGUGAUUUGGUUUUGCACGGUCCAUUAUAAUAUUGAUGAAAUGAACAUGCUUCCCUUUGCAUAAAUGCGCUGUUUGCCCUCCACUACAGUACUCGUUGCGUAAAACUCUAUUAACCUCGGAGUUCCACGUUUUCACCCCAUUUUAGAUGAUGUAUAUGCUUCCUCCCUGCAUGACAUGUAUGGACACAUGGGGCCUUCUCUUUUUUAGCAGGCACGCAGCCCUAGUUGUUUUAGUUUUUUUUUCACCUCGCCGUCUCCCCCAUGCUAUCAGGUGUGGCGUUGGGUGUUAUCCGAUCGUCCAAAGCAUUCCCGCCUAACCAGUAACUGCUUGCUUCUGUAUAAUUCUUCUAUUUUUAUUCCUCUUGGUUUACCGGCUGUUGUUCCUCUGGUUACCGGUUGUGCUCUCAUCGGGCGCCAGCAGCUGCCUCCGCUGGUCGAGCUCGCUGCUGACCUACUCAGGCAAGCACGCAGCUGCAGAGCUGAGCUGCUGCUCCUGGACUUAAGUUAACUUUUUCAGGAAGGGGCUAUGGUAUCCUGAGGAGGACUAGAGACUGAGGGACUACAUCCUCAAGCAUGGCCUUGGCUGCUGGAGUGCUGUCCCUGCAAAGGCUGAUCUGAUGAUCAACCGGAGAUGUUGCUGGUCAAUUCAUAGCGACGACCUGAUGCUCUGCUGCACUGAUCCAGCCGGAGAUGAUGCUGAUGAUCUGCUGCUCAACAAGGUGCUGCUGCUUCUCCCGGGGCGUGCUGAUGAUCUGCUGCUCAACGUGGUGAUGGAUCUGGUAGCGCUUGGGGCAGGUGAUGGAUGGGCGACGAGGAGCAGCAGGGGCGACGAGGAGCCUGGCGGAGGGGUGGAGCAGGGGCGACAAGGAGGGGCCUAGCGGAGGGGUUGAUGGAGGAAGACGAUGAUUUCAGAUUAGGGGUAGUUCUGUACUUUCCUAGCUUUUCACCUGGUCGGAGAAUCCCCCCGGCGACAACUAUUACGGUACAGAGGGAGUAGGUUGUAAGACAUGGAACAUGCUGAAGGACUUGCAUGGAAAAGAAGGCGGCUGAGAAUGAGGUCACACGUUGUAUGGACUUAACAAUUCUGUACUCCGAUUCCGUGCAGCAGUCGCAGGCUGUCGAAUGAGGUUGAGCGGGGUGUUUGAGGAGCCUUCCAUUAACUUGACAGUCGAUAUUUGAUAGCUCGCUGCUCACCGUGAAAUAGAUGAUGACUUAUAUUAUGUUCCACUUGAUUGGAUGUGCGUUGUUCUGUGUAUGAUCUACCUGAAUGCAAAAGUGCUUUUAAUGGACAUC